AUGAAACCAAAUAUUUACUAUGCCCAUCAAGAUGUUGUCCCAGUAGAUAACAGUACUUUGGAUGAAUGGGAGUAUCCUCCAUUCUCUGGUUAUUAUGAUGGUACAUAUGUCUGGGGUCGUGGUUCUUUAGAUGACAAACAUAUGAUCGUUGGUAUGUUGCAAUCUGUUGAAUAUAUUUUAGAAAAUGAACCUGACUUCCAACCAAACCGUACUUUAUUGUUGGCUUUUGGUGCAGAUGAAGAAAUUUCUGGUAAUUAUGGUUCAGCUUACAUUUCAGAAGUUCUGUAUGAAAGAUAUGGUCAAAAUGGUAUCUAUUCUUUUAUUGAUGAAGGUGGUAAUGCUGUCGCUAACUUGAACGGUGUAUGGAUUGCCUCUCCAGCUACAGGUGAGAAGGGUUUCAUGAACUUGGAAGUUACAAUUGAUUACGCCGGUGGUCACUCUUCUGUUCCACCUGAUCAUACUUCUAUUGGUAUUGCUGCAAUGAUGAUCAAUGCCAUUGAAGAGCAAUUAUUCCCACCAAUGUUCACCCCAGCCAACCCAGUCACAGAAUAUUUCCAAUGUAUGGCUGAAUACUCAGAAGUCUUACCAGCCACUUUGAAGAGUGACUUUGCCAAUGCUUACAAGAGUUCUAUUUCCAACAAGCGUGUAAUUGAUUAUUUAACCAAAUUGGGUGGGAAGACAUUUGAAUACUUGUUGCGUACAUCUCAAGCCGUUGAUGUCAUUAAUGGUGGUAUCAAGGCCAAUGCCUUACCAGAAUCCACAAAUUUCGUUGUCAACACUAGAAUUGCGGUUGAAUCCACAGUCAAUGCCACUUUGACUAAAAUUACGGCAAACGUUGCUGAAGUUGCCCAAUUACUAAAUUUGAGUCUGUUUAUUGAUGGUACUAGAGUUACUAACGGUACUACUAGCGGUAGAGUUAGUAUCAAUACCAUUACUACAUUGGAACCAGCCCCAGUUUCUCCAGAAAAUGCUGUCUGGGACCAAUUUGCAGGAACUAUCAAAUCAUACUUUGAAGAUGUUGCCUUCCCAGGUUCCACUAAUUACACUGAUGUUGAUUUAGUCAUUGCUCCAUCCAUUAUGAAUGCCAACACUGACUCUAGACAUUACUGGAACUUGACCUCUAACAUUUACCGUUUCCAACCAUCGUUCAUGAAUGCUAAGUUGGUUGCUAACAUACAUUCAGCUGAUGAACACUUUGAUGCCGAUAACCUAAUGCAUAUUUUUGGUUUCUUCUAUGAUUACUUACACGUUCUAAGUAGCCAAGAGGAAUAA